AUGGCUCACCUCCUGAACAGCAUACUGACCGUGAUCAAGGUGUUCCAGAAAUACUCCAACGAGGAUGGGGACUGCACCUUGCUGUGCAAAGAGGAGUUGAAGCACCUACUCCUGGCUGAGUUUGGAAACAUCCUCAGGAGACCAAAUGACCCAGAGACUGUGGAAACCAUCCUGAGCCUCUUGGAUAAAGACAGAAACGGAUAUGUGGACUUUCAGGAAUAUCUCUUGUUGGUGUUCCAGCUGGCCCAAGCUUGCUAUGGUAAGCUGGAUCGUGAGUCAUGUGGAGACAGAACCUCCAAGCAUGAGGAGCAGGAAGGAACUGAAGACGAGAAGUCUCCAGGAAAUAAAGGCAGAGCACAGAGGCAGAAGCAUGAGGGAGAGAGGCAGGGCUCCCACCGUAACCAGUCAGAGAGACAAAACAAGGACACCAGCCAGGACCAGUCUGAGAGGCAAAUGGGGACUCCCGCUCUGGCCAGUCUGAGACGCAAGGUCAGGACUCCCGCUCUGGUCAAAAGUUGA